CUCCGGUGCUCGUUGGGACCCGGUUAGAGUCCCGGUGACAGGGACCCGAACCCCCGCCUCCUGGAACACAUCUUCUGUUCUGCGGUAAAGAUGGCGGCGUCAGAGGGGGCGCGGAGCGGCCGGACAGCGGCAAAACGAGCCUGAAAAAGCUCCACAAUUGGCCGAAUAUCGCUCGCCAGGUACCGGUAAUAUCAGCUCGGAUACCGUCUGGACCACAGGGAGAAACACAGCCGCUGUCACCCGCAGGGGGUUGUGAUUUUAUUGUUAAAAGGCAGGGUGGGUGGGUUGCACCGAGAGAUGCUAACGGGCUAGCCCACUGAGCUAACACAGACUAGCCCGCCGAGCUAACACAGGCUAGCCCGCAGAGCUAACACAGGCUAGCACAGGCUAGCACACGGAGCUAACAGAGACUAGCUCACUGAGCUAACAGAGGCUAGCCCGCCGAGCUAACCCAGGUUAGCACACGGAGCUAACACAGGCUAGCAAGCGUAAGCUCCGUGGAGAAGAGCGGAGAGGAGGGGGGGAGAGAGGAAGACUAUUCGGGCCAGGCCGCUCCAGCUCUGAGGGGAAUGUGAACCAGAGGUGUGCAGGGGGGGUUUGCUCGCUUCACUACCGGGAUGGGACAGCAGGUCGGACGGGUCGGUGAGAGCACAUCGACCGGAGGACUGCAGCCGCCGCAGCCCCACGCGUCCCAGCCGCACCAAGGGAAGGGGAACCGGGGGAGGAGACCCCGAGAACCGGGCAGUAUCACCGGGACACCGCCGGGCAGGACGGCCGCAGUCAACGUGCCCGACCCGGGGAUCAAUAUAUUCACUCUGCAUUCAGAAGCUCUCCACCGGCCCUUCGGCCUGGACUCUUCUCUCCUGACGGAGGCGGUGCGCUGGAGUUCGAAGGAGAACCUGUUGGGGGCGACGGAGAGCGACCCGAACCUCUUCGUGGCUCUUUAUGACUUCGUGGCCAGCGGAGACAACACGCUCAGCAUCACCAAAGGUGAGAAGCUGCGGGUGCUGGGCUACAACCAGAAUGGCGAGUGGAGUGAGGUGCGCUCUAAGAACGGUCAGGGCUGGGUCCCCUCGAACUACAUCACGCCGGUGAACAGUCUGGAGAAGCACAGCUGGUACCACGGGCCGGUGUCCCGCAGCGCCGCAGAGUACCUGCUCUCCUCCCUGAUCAACGGCUCCUUCCUGGUGAGGGAGAGCGAGAGCAGCCCGGGGCAGCUGUCCAUCUCCCUGCGCUACGAGGGGAGGGUCUACCACUACAGGAUCAACGCGGGGGCCGACGGGAAGGUAUACGUGACCUCAGAGAGUCGUUUCUCCACGUUAGCGGAGCUGGUGAACCACCACUCCACGGUGGCCGACGGCCUGGUCACCACGCUGCACUACCCGGCUCCAAAAUGCAACAAACCCACGGUGUACGGCGUGUCCCCGAUCCACGACAAGUGGGAGAUGGAGCGCACCGACAUCACCAUGAAGCACAAGCUGGGGGGGGGGCAGUACGGGGAGGUGUACGUGGGCGUGUGGAAGAAAUACAACCUCACCGUGGCCGUGAAGACACUCAAGGAGGACACCAUGGAGGUAGAGGAGUUCCUGAAGGAAGCAGCCGUGAUGAAGGAGGUCAAACACCCGAACCUGGUUCAGCUGCUCGGUGUGUGCACGCUGGAGCCGCCCUUCUACAUCGUGACGGAGUACAUGCCCCACGGGAACCUGCUGGACUACCUGAGGGACUGCGACAAGGAGGAGGUGAACGCCGUGGUGCUGCUGUACAUGGCCACGCAGAUCUCCUCCGCCAUGGAGUACCUGGAGAAGAAGAACUUCAUCCACAGGGACUUGGCGGCGAGGAACUGUCUGGUGGGGGAGAACCACGUGGUGAAGGUGGCAGACUUUGGCCUCAGCCGGCUGAUGACCGGAGACACGUACACCGCUCACGCUGGAGCCAAGUUCCCCAUCAAGUGGACCGCCCCAGAGAGCCUGGCCUACAACACCUUCUCCAUCAAGUCUGACGUCUGGGCGUUCGGGGUGCUCCUCUGGGAGAUAGCGACCUACGGCAUGUCUCCCUACCCGGGCAUCGACCUCUCCCAGGUGUACGACCUCCUGGAGAAGGGUUACCGCAUGGAGCAGCCGGAGGGGUGUCCGCCCAAAGUCUACGAGCUCAUGAGAGCAUGCUGGCAGUGGAGUCCGUUGGACCGUCCCUCGUUUGCAGAGAUCCAUCAGGCCUUUGAGACCAUGUUCCACGACUCCAGCAUCUCUGAAGAGGUGGCAGAGGAGUUGUGUAAAACCUCCUCUUCCCUCGGGGCUCCUCUCCUUCCCUUCGACACGCCGCUGCUGCCUUCAAAGUCUCGCACGCUGCUGCACAAACACACGGAGAACAAGGAGAACAUCGAGGGAGGACUGGAGGGCCGCGUGGACCCCGGCAGCCACUCAGGCUGGGCUUCUUCUCUCCUGGGGGGGGACAGUCGGUCGGGCAGCUCCCCAGCGUUACCCCGAAAACAACUUUCCCGAGAUAAAUCCCCCGGCGGCCUUUUAGACGACGCUCAGGAUUUGGGCACCUUCACACGGGACCGAAAGACCGGCUUCUUCAGCUCCUUCAUCAAGAAGAAAUCCUCUUCCUCCUCCUCGUCUUCCUCCCAGAACCUCCCCACUCCCCCGAAAAGGAGCAGCUCUUUUCGGGAAAUGGAAACUCAGCCUCACAAGAAAUACGAGCCGACGGCGGACUUUUCGGCGCCUCCUCCUCUCCCCCAAUCGGACAGCAGCGUCGUGGGGGGGUUCUCCGCCUCCCCCUCCCACUCCCACUCCCAUAGCGACCCCCCUCAGCCCCAGUCUCGCUGCUGUGGUGCUGCUUUCGGACAAAAACCCUCACCAGGGGGGGGUUUAGCGGCGCAAGUUAGCACUAGUAGCUGGAGCGGAUUGGCGGGUUUUUUCACGCCGAGACUCAUAAAACGGACUUUAGGGCUUCGGACUGGGGAAAACAGCUAUUCUUCAUCUGAGGAGGGGGUGGUGGGGACUUUACCAGUAGGGGGGCUUUCCAAACCCUUCCCCAGGUCUAACUCCACCUCCUCCAUGUCCGCCGGGUUGCCAGAUUUGGAGCGAAUGGCUUUGACUUUACCCAGAAACCGAAGUGCAAAACCCCCGCUGGAGAGAACGUCCUCCAGCGGCUCCACGCCGGAGAACGGACGGCAACCGGACGAGGGGACGGCUCAGAUCAGGGAGAGACCCAAAGCCAAGAUGGCUCCCAGGGGCACGGGGGUGAGGGUACCGGGAGUCGGGGGGGAAGCGGGGGAAUCGGACCUUGUAGUGGAUCGACAACAACAAAACUGGUCCUCGCCAUCUAAGACCUCUUCAUCCUCCCCUAAGACUCCUUCCUCCUCCACCUGUAAGACUUCUUCAUCCUCCCCUAAGACUCCUUCUUCCUCCGCCUCUAAGACGUUAUCCUCCUCCUCCUCUCAGACCCACAACCACAAGGUGCCGGUGCUGAUCUCCCCCACGCUGAAGCCCCCCGACGUGCACCUGGUGGCUCUCGACUCCCAGGGGAACCGCUUCAAGCUGCUCAGCGAAAACCCCGAUCGUCCGCGGCUCGUAAAACCCAAAUGUGCUCCUCCUCCGCCUCCUACGCUACGGAACCAACACUCAUACAGCGAAACGACGGGGGGGGAGGAGGAGGGGGAGGUAAACGGGGAGAAAGGGAUUCGAACCGGGAAAGGAGGAGGAACUAUGAUGACGACGGGGAGACCUUCAGUGCCGCCGCCUCAGAUUCCUCCCACAAGCACUCCUUCAAAAAUGGCCAACGGAUCCACUCCCUCUUCGUCCACUAACAAAGCGGGUUUUCGGAGGAUUCGACAGCAAGCGGAUCGCGGCGUCCCCCCCGAGCGGGUGGGUCGAGAGGCGUUGUUGGAGUGUGCCGAUUCGUUGAUAGUCGUCCUCCGCGACUCCUCCCCCUCUGACUCCCCCCCCUCCAACAGUGUGGUCCUGGACGCGGGGCUGCAGCUGCUGGACCGAUGCUCCGGGUACGUGGACGUCAUCCCGCAGAUGAGGAACAAAUUUGCUUUUCGGGAGGCGGUGGGGAAGCUGGAAGUCAGCCUGCAGGAGCUGAGGGCCUCGGGGGGGGGAGGGGGAGGGGGGGGCACGGUGCUGGAGAACCUGGAGAACCUGCAGGGCUGCGUGAGAGAAAUCAGAGACGUGGUGCAGAGGUAACAGCUGUGACAUCACUGUGACAUCACUAUGACAUCACUGUGACGUCACUGUGACAUCAUGAAAGAAUGAAGACUCUUGAAAUAAACAGUCUUUUAAGGACCUUAUUCUGGCAAGAAGGUGUCAAGCAGUCUGCGGCGAAAUGCAGAAGUCAGGAGGUCCCCGAUUUCACAUUAGGACACCAAGAAUGGAAGAGGAGGGGCUGUGACAUCACUGUGACAUCACUGUGACAUCACUGUGACAUCACUGUGACAUCACUGGUGGAAAUGUAUCGACACACACACUAACAAAUAAUAGUAAACGGGUGAGAAAACCUUGAAGAUUCUUGAAAUAAGACGGUCUUUUUGGGAGUUUAUUCUUGCAAGAAGGUGUCUGCGGCGAAAUACAAAAGUCAGACGGUCUGCAGAGGGUCUUAUAUUCACAUUUGAACACUAAGAAUAGACGGGGAGGGGCUGUGACAUCACUGUGACAUCACUGUGACAUCACGCCGGUCAGACUGGUUUCCCUCCUUUCUUCUGGUUCCUUUUUACAGCUGUUUGCGAGGCGGAUCUGGACAGCACCUCAGAGCACUCACUGUUUACAGCCAACACACACAGACUACAGGUGGCUUCAGUCCUGCAACGAUAAAGCCUCUUCGGUUAACGAAUGUUGAGUGUAUCAGCUGUUCGGAAAGAUCUCAAGUCUGUCUGUUUAUCCGUCAGAUACUGAGCAAAAUACGUGUUUACUGACAAACCUCAAACAGUGUCGAGUAGAGCUGCAGCGAUUUAAAUCAACUUUUAAAGCAAGAAUGGUUAAAAAAAAAAAAAACUGUUUUCAGCCUCAAAUAUUAGGAUUAGUUGCUUUUUCUGAUUUCUAUCAAAGUAAAAAGAUUGAAUCUGGAUUUCUGUCUGACAUUUUCCACUAUUUUCUGACAUGUUAAACACUAAACAGCUGAUCUCAGACCCUCAUUAGUUGCAGCUCCAAAGUGAAUCACUAGUGAGAUAUUUAGCUCAGUGUCUGGGGAUCAUCGUAAACCUUUCAAAAGCCAUUUUAUCCUAAAGUCCAUGUGAUUUCAAGAUGUCGGGGUCUUAAUGUGACACCCAUUUGCAUUUACAUUUCAUGAUCAGUAUUUUUAACUAGAGGGACAAAUGUGAUAAAACCAUGAAUCUCCCAAAAUCAGUUUGUCUUGGUCUUAUCGAAUAAUAACAGACGUGUAAACACAAAGGGAACACAGCUUGAGAGAAGCGUGUAAAUAAGCUCAAAUGAAACGUCAAAAAAACAGGUUGAUCAAAUCCAAACAGAGACCCCCCCCCUUUAUUCCCCACAUGACCAGAUGGUGUUUCAUUUGUCUUCAGUGUCCACACGCUAACACGGUGCCGUCUCCGAGAGCAUUUCAGUAUUGAAGUCCAGUUUGAAUGCACAGUGACGUCUGUCUGGUGGGAGCGCAGGAGCAGAACUGGGGCGGCGUUUCUAUAAGUGUCCUUCUGACGGACUGAUCCAAUCCCUGAAGCCUUGUCGUGUCCUCAGUGCCUCGAAAUCUUCCACGAAAUGAACACUGCAAAAAAGACAGAGACCUGCUACACACACACACACACACACACACACACACACACACACACACACACACACACACUGAUCUCUCUACCGACAAACUGCAGUAUGUCUUCAGCACAUUGUACAUUAUUUGGCUUUUUUUCAGAAUGUCUAUGUACGAACUUGAAUUUUUAAAUUAUUCCUUUUUUUUCUUUUUAUUAAAAAGCACAGAGCUAUUUUGAGAGAUGUAAAUAUUGGAUUUAUUUCAUAUCCAGGAAACAGAGGAUGUAUGAGUGCUUACAGCAUAUAGAGCGUGUCUGACUGAAGAAUACCUGAAUAUAUGAAUGUAUUAUUCUUCCCUUCUGAACCCGGGCGAAUGAUCAUCUGCAUGAAUCUCUAAAGGUGCCAUUUUUUUAUUUGUAUUAUUAUUUAUUAUACUUUUCUUUUUUGUAUUGGCCCAUACUUCUCAUUUUGGUCACACUAAAUACUAAAGUCCAGAAGCAGUUGCUCAGUUUUUUGAGCACAAAUUAAACAUUUUUCUUUGCUUUUCACAUCUAAAUGUACACUGGAUACGGCCUCACAUGUCGCAUACUACAAAACCGAAUCUGUACUGCAGGUCCAAAACGCUUUCAAAACAACAUGCUAAUGACACUUGAUUGACUGCAGAGUAAACGUUGUUUUUCAGUUCAUGUCGUGCGUCAGUAUUUUAAUGUUCAAACAGGAUCCUGUGAGACGAACUGAUUUCUAUUCGCUGUGAUUUUACAGAAACACGGAGAGAAGAAACGCCGUGUGAUUUUUAUUUGAUGAUUCUUGGUGCCUUUUUGUGAGCAAAUGAUUCAUGUCUUUCACUGAGAGAGAGAAACAGGCAAUGUUUAAAAUCCAUCAUUAAAAAAAAACAUUCAUGUCUUCCAUUUUCCAUGAGCUUUUCUGUUAACUUGGAGGUUGAUUACUCAGAUGCUAAAUUGAAAUUUAAAAGUGCAUUUGUCUAUUAAAAUAAGUAUGUAGAUACUCGGUUGCUAAGGUUAAUUAUUGGAGGUCGUUAACGCUGUGAGUGCAGCAACAUCUGGUUGAUUUCCCUCGAACAAACAUGCACAACAACACUUUGGAGAAACACUGCAGCUUCAGGAACGAUGAAGCCACAACACAUUUAUUUAAAAAUUGCUUCUUGAUCAUUUGUGGAGCAUAGUUGUGGAAAGAAAAAGCCUCAUCAAGUCAAACUUAACCUCCAAAAUCAAACUUAUUUAAAGAAAUACAAAGAUAUUCAAUUUGUCAAAAAAUCGAUUUGUUCUCAAUGAUUUUUCCACAGAUCUCAUUCUCAGUCCUCUUCGUUGUUAUUAUUUAUGUCGCCUGUGUUUUCUGUUGUUUUUCUGGAGCUCGUGUUCACAUGAAACCAAAGGCCACUUCUUCAGCUGUACGAGUGCAAUGUCAAGCAACACACACACAAUGAUGGAAUAUGUGAAUCUAAACAGGGAUUUAAAAAAAGGCAGAGACGUUAACAUUAACUUUUUUAUUGUACAAAAUAUAUAUUUUGUGUUUUUUUUUUAAUUUAAAGCUCACGUUAUAUUACUGUGAAGUUUUGCUUAUCAGUGUUAAGCCUAUUGUAAAUAAUAAAGAUAUUGAUGAAUACUGCUCUGCUAUUG